UUAAUUUUGUUGACGUGGAGAUUCAAAUUUAAAAAGCUUGUGACAAUCUCGUAAAGAUAAUUAAAACUACGUACAGCACAAAUGAUUGACGACGCUGAAGGUUUGGAGAAGAUAGGGAAUCUUCAGAGUCACUAUAAUACUGAGAUUACGAGAAAGCUGCCAAAAUCCUCGAAUCGCGUUGGGACGAAGAAGAGGGCGUUGAAACAUAGUUCUAUAGAUUACUUGUUUGUCAAGCUACAUAAUUCUAAGUCUAAUUAAGCUUGGCAAUAAACAGUAUCUCAACUGUGACAUUAUAUUAAGAUAUACUAUCUAUUCAGUCCAAUAAUUUAGUCAUUUGGCGGGAGCUCAUUCCCAAGGUUUAGCAAUUUUUUUUUGCAACUAAGGUUUAGUAAUUUUAAUUGAUAUCAAAGGUUUAAACCUUUAACGUCACUAUAUAUUAAUCUCAAUUCCCAACACCAGUGACCUAACCCUCUAUUAUUCAAAAAUAUAUCAUGGGUUUAAACCUUCAACGUCAUUAUAUGUUAAUCUCAGUUCCCAACACCAGUGACCUAACUCUCUAUUAUUCAAAAUCUUUUGUGUAAUAUCAACGAAAUCAAUAAAUAUAUGACGAAUUCACAACGUAUAUCUUCUUCUUUUUAACACUAAGAGAAUAUUAUAUACGAACAAGGAAUCAAAGGAUCCAACAAACACAGAGUCUCAUAGUUACAGAUACAAAGGAUAUCAGCAUGACUCUCAUUAACAUUAUACAAAGAAAUCGAAUGUAAAAGUCAUCUUCCUCUAGUCUUCUUCUUGAAAACAUGCAAGAACAGCUCACUUGUCCUCUUUUACUAGAACCUUAAUUUCACAAGUCAACUUGUUAAUAACUGCACUAAAUUAUCCACAUUUAAUAUUUAAAGCACUAUUUCACCAUCAUAAAUUAAAACAUUUAGCUUUCACUUCAUUUUUUUUAUAUAUCUCUUUAGAUUUUAUAAUAGCACUUAAAUUAAAAUACUAAAUAUUUAUAUGAUAAUUUUAUGUAAUAUAUGAAACCAGUAAUAUUUCUUAAAUAUAAGCCACUAAUUAAACAUUAUAAUUAAAAUAAUGAAACCAUUUUCGGAAAAUAUAUAACAUAUAUCAUUUUCAAUUAUCAGAAAUUAAAAUAUAUCUUACUGCCUUUCUUGGAUUUCAUAUGGCUAAGCUUGUUUUAGUGUGACAAAUCAAAAUAUCAUAAUUAAAUGUUAAUUUGAGACAUAAAUAGAAGAUUUGACUUUAGAUAUAAGAAAGUCCAUAAAUAAAAACAUCAUUAAUGAAAUGGAUAAUAAAAUACGUAUAUAAAGAACAAUUAACUAUAGUCUCUACAGCAUUGUCUUCCUCCUCUGGUCGUCUUCUUCCUUAAACAGACACAGACCUUGAGCUACACUACACACAGAAGAGUAGCAUUCUAAGUGUGUUCGAUGCUUUGGCUUACAGAAUUCUCCGGCUUCUUCUCCGCCGCUUUAGCGGUGAUCCUCCUCUCUCCCUCACUCCAGUCCUUUUCUCCGGCGGCGGCAAUCCGAUCUUCCCACCUCGACGCCUACUUCAGACCAUCACCAUCACCCUCCGACCACUCCCUCCGCAACUUCUCCUACAGAGAAUCUCCGAUACUCCGCAACGCCGCCGAAUGCAGAUUCUCCGGCGGCGAUUCCGGCGUCUGCAACCCUUCUUACGUCCACGUGGCAAUCACUCUCGACUUCGUCUACCUUCGCGGCUCAAUCGCCGCCGUGAACUCCGUCCUCCAACACUCGGCUUGCCCGGAGAGCAUCUUCUUCCACUUCCUCGUCUCCGAGUCCGAGACGAGCCUCGAAUCCGUGAUCAGAUCAACGUUCCCGAAACUCAAUCUAAAGAUUUACUAUUUUGCCCCUGAGAGGGUACAGUCUUUCAUCUCUUCCUCCGUGAGGCAAGCGCUCGAGCAGCCCUUAAACUACGCGAGGAACUACCUCGCUGAGCUGCUCGAGCCUUGCGUCGACCGGGUCAUCUACCUAGAUUCAGAUAUCGUCGUCAUCGACGAUAUCCUGAAUCUAUGGAAAACGGGUCUAGGCCCGAGCACGAUCGGGGCUCCGGAGUAUUGCCACGCGAACUUCACGAGCUACUUCAACGGAGCGUUCUGGUUCGACGAGAGGUAUAACGAGACGUUCAAAGGGAGGAAGCCUUGCUACUUCAACACGGGAGUGAUGGUGAUGGAUUUGGAGAAAUGGAGACGGUUCGGGUACACGGAGACGAUCGAGAAGUGGAUGGAGAUUCAGAAGGCCGAGAGGAUUUACGAGCUGGGCUCUCUCCCUGCGUAUCUGUUGGUGUUUGCCGGUCACGUUGCUCCGAUUUCGCAUCGGUGGAAUCAGCAUGGGCUCGGUGGGGAUAAGGUUAAAGGUAGCUGCCGUGAUAUGCAUGAGGGUCCGGUGAGUUUGCUACAUUGGUCUGGUAGUGGCAAGCCUUGGUCUAGGAUUGAUGCGAAGCAUCCGUGUCCCUUGGACUCGUUGUGGGAACCUUAUGACUUGUAUAAACGUUCGCAUUGACGUCAAUGCUUGACCUAUUCGCGCGGUAAACUCUGUUCAAAUGCACUGCCGUUUGUCCCAUUGACGCUAGUUUUUAGUGUACUGGCGACUAAAUAUAUUUUUAUGUUAGAGAAAUAAAUAAAUAUUUUGAAUUGUUUGAAAAA